CAACCGAGAUGCCGGUGACGAUCACGGAGUCGGACCUCGCGCGGAUCCUCCGCAACGUGUCCGAGCCCGAGGUAACCAACCGCGAGGCGAAGCGCGCGCAUCUGCGCGAGCUCUCGCAGACGCGCACCAACAAGUGGCCCAACACGCUCGAGGCGAUGCGGCGCAAGAAAGAGAACUGGAAGAAAGACAAGGAGGACCGGGAAGAGGACGAGCGGCGCAAGGUCGACAUGGAAGAAGCGCGCCUCCAAAAAGAAGCGCGGACACGCCAGAUCGAGCGCGCCAACCGCCUCUUGUACGAGCAAACCGACAAGAUGAAGACGCUGCGGUCGAAGGAGCUCCUCAACGACGUGCUCGCGGACCGCGAGUUUCAGCUCGCGGAGAAAGCGGCGCUCGCCGCCAUGGACAAGCGCGUCGAAGACCAAUGGAUUGCACUCGAGCGCGCCCAGCUUGCGGACGCGGACGCCAAGAAGGCGGCCGACGAGGCCCGGCGCCACGCCCAGUUCCUCGCGCUCGCCGCGAAUCAGAAGACCCAGCUUGAAGAGUACAAAAACAACUUUAUCGCGACGCUGCGAGAAGAGAAGCGAGAUGGCGACCGGAUCAAAGCCAAGGUGGAGCAAGACAACCGCGACGAAGACGAAGCCGAGGCUGCGCGGAAACGCAAGUCCAAACAAGCCAACGAAGACACGCGGCUCGCCAACGAGCGCCUCAAGGCUCUGCGCGUGAGAGAAAAGGAGCUCGAGUACCAAGAAGACCUCAAGCGCGAAGAAGAUGCGCAGAAGAAGGAGGCGCGUGUCGCCAAGCGCGAAGCACUGCAACGUCAGAAGGAGGAGCGCAAGACUGCCCAAAAGAUGCGCAUGAUCGACCUCGCGACGGAAAAUUUACUCAAGGUCGAGCAAAAGUCGGAAGCGCGGCUCGAAAAUCAAAAGAAGGAGGUGCAGUUGAAGGAGGACACGGAGCUCAAGCACCGCGCCGACCGCCGCGCGGCCCAAAAGCGGGCGAUCGACCACAGCCGCGCGCACCAGCUAAGCGAGAAGGCACGCGUCAAGGACGAGGAGCGCGCGAGCGCAAAAGAGCAAAUGGUGCAGUGGGCCGAGUACAACCGCAGCGUCGAUCAAGCGUUGAUUCACGAAGAGAACGAGCGCCGACUGGACAACAUGAGACUCGCAGCGCUCCAGCAGCAGCAGGCGCAGGCCAAGCGAAGCCUCGACAUGGAGGAGCGGGCGGCGCAGAUUCUAGCCGAAGAAACCAUCAAAAUUUCCCAGUCGACCGAGCAAGAGCUCUACACACAGUACGCGUCACAGGUGCUCUCGGCCGCCGAAGCCAGAGGCGUCAAGAAUACCUUCCCGCUCAAGCAAGCAAUGAAGGCCAAGAACAUUGACCUUCUCCCGGCCGGUGGGUUUCGUAUAUAAAAAGAGUCCGACGAGUUUGUAUGCAAUUUCGUCC